AUGCCCUUGAUCACAAGCCUUGUCUCGUAUGAGUCGAACCUCCCACCAACAGCACCACUGACCUCCAAAUGCAGAACGAAGCAGCCUAUCAUGCCAGGCUUGGCCUCCACACGAUUUAACGAUCCUUGCCGCUACUGGGAUCUCUGGCACCACCCAGAGGACCUCGACUCUAUCAUUGCGUGCCUCAUGUGGCGGGACAAACAUCGUUUACGUGCUAUGGACAUCGCAGCUGCUCUGGCAUUCGUCCAGCCAGCAGCGUACUGGGGCAUGAUUGGGGAAGACGUCAUUAACGUAUACUGCUACCUCCAGAGACACCAAAACAUCCCAGAAAAUCCAUUCGCCGAUUGGCAAAGCAUGCGGGACAUGAGAACGCACCCCCACUGGCGAUACUAUGUCAUCUGGGCAUCUUCCUGCAACGUUCGGCGAAUGCAGGACUUGCUGGACGAGUCACUCUUACCUACGCACAAGCAACCAGAUAUGAGCAGGUAG